AUGGCACCUACAUCAACAUCGCUUUCCGCCGGCACGCCGGAGACCAAUGCUUCCAAGCAGGCCAAGAACCUGCCGUACAUCCCAAAUCCGGUCAAGGAGGCGCUGGCGAGGAACGAGCUCACGUACGCAUUCACUGUAAAGCUGCUGCGCUCGAUCGAGGCGGUGCAGAUCGCGCAGACGGCCGGGUACAACAGCAUCCUGAUCGACCUUGAGCAUGCGCCCUUGACGCUCGAGCAGACGGGGCAGAUGUGCCUGGCGGCGCUCGCACGCGACAUGUGCCCCAUUGUUCGCAUCCCGCAGCUCGAGAGGCACUGGAUCUCGCGCACGCUCGACAUUGGCGCCCUGGGCAUCUUGGUUCCUCACAUCAAGACGGUGGAGGAAGUGCGUCGGGUGGUCUCGUACUCGCGCUUCCAGCCCAUCGGUGAGCGCUCUGCUGUUGCUGGCCUGCCCCACCUGCGCUACAAGAGCUACCCGGUCGCUGAAGCCAACAAGGCAUGCAACGAGGCGACACUGGUGAUUGUCAUGAUCGAGACGCUCGAGGCGUUGGAGAUCGUCGAGGAGAUCGCCCAGGUUCCUGGCGUCGACCAGCUGCUCAUUGGCACCAACGACCUGACCGCAGAGAUGGGCAUCCCCGGCCAGUACGACAAUCCUCGCCUGACCGAGGCGUACCAGAGGGUCAUCAACGCUGCCCAGGCCAACGGCCUCUCGGUGGGCAUUGGCGGUCUGGCGUCAAGAUCGGACCUGGUCGCCAAGUUCGCCCGCAUGGGAGCCCGCUUUGUCAUGGCUGCCACCGACCAGCCUCUGCUCAGCGCUGCUGCCGCCAAGAACGCCGCCGAGAUGAAGCAGCUUGGCGAGAGCCUGACUCUGUAG